AUGCCAGUCCCCGGUGGCGUAUACCAAACUCAAGGGCCUACAUGUUUUGAUAAAAUGAAAAUGGGUUUUAUGAUCGGCUUUUGUGUUGGAAUGGCGAGCGGAGGCUUAUUUGGAGGAUUUACGGCACUGAGGUAUGGUGCCAGAGGGCGAGAACUAGUACAUUCGGUUGGCAAAGUAAUGUUGCAAGGUGGUGGCACUUUUGGUACUUUCAUGGCUAUAGGAACUGGUAUUCGUUGUUAA